UUUCUUCUACAACAGGUGUGUCCGGCUAUAUAAAGAGAACUGAAUUCUAUGAUAAACAAAAUUCCUCACGAAGCACGGAACUUUUUACUACCAACAAUAACAUGAAAUUGCUGAUCCUAUUCGCUUUGGCGGUCUCUAGCCAGGCUACUUUCUUCACAUUCCCAUACUAUUACCACCCUUACUAUUACCAUGGACUAGGUACUAGCAUUCAACAUCGUUCUCAAGAUUCCCUGGGUAAUUACAACUUCGGUUACGAUGAGGAUCACUUAACUGGGGGCAGUUUUCGCAGGGAAUCUGGUGACGGCCUCAGCAACGUCAAGAUUGGUUCUUAUGGUCUGAAGGACGCUGAUGGUUCUAUUCGUAUCGUCGAUUACGUCGCUGAUUCUAAUGGUUUCCGCGCUAAAAUCAGAACCUCUGGUGAUGUUCCUGAAAAGAACCCUGCUGACGUUGAAAUCAGCAAGGCUGAUGUUGUUGAGGUCAAGCCUGUUGAGGUAAAGCCCGCUAUCCAGUACAUCACACCUUAUUUCUAUAACUGGGCUUCUCCUUACUACGGUUGGACUUAUCCUUUCUACAACUGGGCCCAUCCUUACUACUCCCAUUAUUGGUAGUAAAAGCAGGAUACCUUUCUUAUCGUUAGAACCUUUUUUUGUUUGCCUUUAGCAUAAGGGUAAAAUUAGAAUCAUAUUUUUAUCUGUACAAAUGUGUCUAAUAGCGUCCAGAUAGCAUAUUAACCCAUGUGAGUACUCUGGCUUUAAAUAAAUUGUAUACAUAAUAAUCAA